AUGCCCAGCGAUGAGUGCAGCACAAGCAACACCGACGGGACACCGACGGACCAGCGACGAGAGCACUGGAUCGGAUCCAGCCGAUCAACGGCGACAGGCGAACGCACGGGAGCGUUUCCGAACGCACAGGUGAGGGACGAGCGACGAGCACUCACUAGCACCUGUCCAGCGAUACUCACACCCCACAAAUGUCCCUUUGGCGACAGCGUGAACUCGGCAUUUAAUAGCCUGCGCCAGCUCAUUCCGACGGAACCGAUCAACCGGAAGCUGUCCAAGAUCGAGACGCUGCGGCUGGCCAAAAGCUACAUCUCGCACCUGCUGGCGGUGCUCGUAACCGGCACGAACCAGCGACCGUGCGUUGAGGCACACGCGCUCCAGCUGCCACCGGAAGCGACACCGAUUGGUGAGCUCGUAGACGAGGACGAUGACGAUGAUCCCGAGGAGCGGCUCGAACGCCAGAUCGCCCGUGGCACCUCGCAUGGCAUCGGGGCGUACCGUAAGCCGAUCUGCACCUUCUGCGUCUCGUUCGAGAAGUGCUAA